AACAUUUGUAUCCUCUCUCCAACCUCACAACAAUCAAUCAAUCAAUCUCUCACCAUUUCUCUUUCUCUCUCUCUCUAAAAAAACUUUUUGUCUGAACGGCAUAUGUCUCAGAGACCUCAAGUUCCUCAUUCUUCUUCUAUAGCUUUCGGUCUCCAUUCUCAUCUCCUAAUCUCCAGUGAGAUCAGCUCCAAUUCCAACUGGUCUCUCUAAGAAAAAAAUAAUCAAACCUUUUCAAAAUUUUCUCUCGGAUUUUCUCGGAAUAAAAAUCUAACCUUUCUGACUUUUUUGAUUUUCGAUUUGAUAAAAACAAGAAAUGGGUCUUAAGGGUUUCGCUGAAGGAGGCAUCGCAUCGAUCGUAGCGGGUUGUUCGACCCACCCGCUUGAUCUCAUCAAGGUCCGAAUGCAACUCCAAGGCGAAUCAGCUCCCGUUCAGACAAAUCUCCGACCAGCGCUUGCUUUCCAGACCUCCUCCUCCUCCGCCGUCCACGCGCCUCCACCUCCUCCGCGCGUGGGUAUAAUCGGCAUCGGAUCUCGUAUCAUCCGACAAGAAGGCACGCGCGCUCUGUUCUCCGGCGUCUCAGCCACCGUUCUCCGUCAGACUCUCUACUCGACGACUCGCAUGGGUCUAUACGACAUCUUGAAGACCAAAUGGACCGACCCAGAAACAAAGUCGAUUCCUUUAACCCGCAAACUAGCCGCCGGAUUCAUCGCCGGAGGGAUCGGAGCCGCCGUCGGAAACCCGGCGGAUGUCGCGAUGGUGCGCAUGCAAGCCGACGGUCGUCUCCCGUUGGUCGAUCGGAGAAACUACAAGAGCGUUUUGGACGCGAUCGCGCAAAUGGUUCGCGGCGAAGGGGUCACGUCUCUGUGGAGAGGAUCGUCGAUGACGAUCAACAGGGCGAUGCUCGUGACGGCGUCGCAGCUGGCUACUUACGACUCGGUGAAAGAGACGAUUUUGGAGAAAGGGUUGAUGAGGGACGGGCUCGGGACUCACGUGACCUCGAGUUUCGCGGCGGGGUUUGUGGCGUCGGUCGCGUCGAAUCCUGUGGAUGUGAUUAAGACGAGGGUGAUGAAUAUGAAGGUGGUUGCGGGGACUGCGCCGCCGUAUAAAGGGGCGGUUGAUUGCGCGUUGAAGACGGUGAGAGCGGAAGGGAUCAUGGCCUUGUAUAAAGGGUUUUGGCCGACGGUGUCGAGACAAGCACCGUUCACGGUGAUUUUGUUUGUGACACUUGAACAAGUUAAAAAGGUGUUGAAGGACUUUGACUUUUGAGGAAGAUAUGAUGAUGCUGGCGAUAAUUUGGCUUAUACAAAAUAAGUUUUAAUUUUCUUUUGAUUAAUCGAAUAGUUUAAGUUUAAAGGUUUUUCAUUAUAUCGAUCGAGUAGUUCUGUGGAAUGAAAAUUUGAGAUCAAUGAGAAGAAAUAAACAGUUCAAUUGAUUCGA